AUGGCAGGUCUUAAAGACAAAGAAUGCAGAACGAAAUUCCGCCAACGUGUGCCUAUUCACGUUGGAGUACGGACCACGAAGAAGUUUAGUGAUGCGGAUUCCUUCACAAUGUGCAUCCAGGACACUGCAAGGGAAACACUCCCGCUUCUAUUGCCGCGGAAGAAGUUUGCCUUUGCAUCUACGGAAGCAAAAUCCACGUACAAUUCUGUACGUGUCGCGCGCAACCCUGGUGAGUUCAACCAGGAAAAGCGUCUCAGAAGGAAGCUACGUCGUCAACUGCAAGAAGACCGCGAGAACGAACGGAAGUCAAGAGUGAAGGAGUUUGAUAGAGUGUGCGAGGACAAGAAUGCGUAG